AUGGAGGAAAUCGCAGCGAGAGUAAAAAUACUGAAAAAAGAACGUGGAAUUAUAAACCGAAAAUUAACGCUUUUCGCACAGUUUCUCGAAAGUUACAAUUCUGAGCCUCAAUAUCCGUCGUUAGCAAAGUAUGCAGCUGAGCUGGAUGAGUCUCGUGAAAGUCUCAAGAAAGUGCAAUUCGAAUCAGAAGAUUUAGGGGAGGGAAUUUUAACGGACAAAGGGUUGAAUGAUGAAGCGAGAAACGAAUUCGACAAAAAGUAUUUUGAGAUUUAUAACUCUGCCACAAAUUUGUUAGGCAAUUACGCGCGCAUCUCUGCGGUUUCGGUGUCGUCAGCUCUAUCAGAGAAUAACGGGAUAAUACCCAUUCAAAAUGGCAUUUCGAUCGAAAAUCCAGUUCCAAAGGAACAUUCAGAUAAUUUUAAACUUCCCUCGCUAGGACUGCCCUCUUUUAGUGGAUCGUAUGAUACGUGGUUAGGUUUCCAUGAAGUUUUUUCCUCAAUGAUCGACAACAAUGCAAAGUUAUCGCCUAUUUUAAAAUUUAGAUACUUGCGAGAUUGCUUAAAGGGCGAAGCCGCGGACGUUAUUGCGUCGGUAACAUUGUCCGCGGAAAAUUACUCUGUCGCGUGGGAAAUCGUAAAAGUAACUUACAAUAAUCGUAAAUUGAUACAUCAAAGGCAUAUUCAAGAUUUGUUAAAUAUUCCUUCUAUAUCUAAAGACUUUUCCAUUAGAGCUCUUCUAAAUAGUUUACAGAAGCAUGUUAGAGCCCUUAAAAUUCUCGACGAAUCUUUCUUAUUGUAUCCUUCUUAUUGUAUUAAUACAAAAUAA